AUGGUCAACUUGGCUGACCUUAUGCCUGAAGAUCGACCUGAUCUGAUGGCUUGCAAGGAAGAGUGGUGCCAUGAUUGGGUCAAGCUAUUGGUUGACUUAGAAAAGUGCUCGAUGGAUGGCAAGACCCAUAAUUUGAGCCUUGCCCUCGCUCCUGAGGAGAGUGCAAAAGGUUGUAAGGCUGAAGAAGCACACAUUCACUUCCAUGAGCAAAUACACACUUUCAAGAUCAAGGCCGAACGCCAGGCUGAGGAAUGUGUGCAUUUAGAAGAGGAGAAGCAGUCAAAGGAAAAAGGCAAGGGAAAGGAGAAGGAUGCCGCUGGAGAAGACUUUGUGAUGGAGGAUGGCCAGGAAGAGGCCAUCUCUGAGGAUGAGGAACCCAAUUCUCCUGUGUGCAUUGAAAAGUGCAAGCUGCCUGAGGGUGAAGAUCUGGAAGACUUUGACCCACUUGUCAAUGCAAAUGUGAGUGAUGAAGACUUGCUUAUGGAGGGUCAGGUGUGCGCCCUCUAUGCUAGGGUUUCCACUAUGCAUGGGAUGAUGCUGGAGGUGAUGAAUGAGUUGGAUGUUAUUGCGAUUUACUACAAGAAGAGAAGGUGGUUCCUGUAG